AUGACGCCCCCGCCCCCGAUCCCCGACGACGUAGCGGUCCUGUCGUACCCCGCGCCGCACGUGCUCCACAUCGCGAUGAACCGCCCGAAGCGGCUCAACGCGAUAACCAACUCGAUGAGCCAUACCCUCGCGGCCAUCUUCGACUGGUUCGAGGCCGAGCCAGAGCUGCGGGUCGCGGUGUUUGGCAGCACGUCCCGGCGGGCGUGGUGCGUCGGCGCCGACCUGGGCGAGUGGUCGCCAGAAAAGUCGUUCACUAUGCCGCGCGAUGGCGUCGCAGGACUCAGCAAGCGCAUCACGAAGAAGCCAGUGAUCGCCGCGAUAAACGGCUUCGCAGUCGGCGCCGGGGCCGAACUAGCCCUCGGCGCCGACCUGCUCGUCGUCGGCGAGACCGCGACGCUCGGCUUCCCCGAAGCGAAGCGCGGCACGACCGUCAUGGCGGGCGGCGUGCACAAGCUCGUACGCGUCGUGGGGCACUACAAGGCCGCCGAGCUGGUGCUUACGGGCCGCGAUAUCCCCGCGGCCGAGGCGCUCGAACUCAAGCUGGUCAACUUUGUCGUUGCCGACGACGAGGUCGAGGCGCGGGCGUUGGCUUUGGCCGUGGAGAUUGCGGGGAACUCGCCCGACUCGGUGCAGUGCGGGUUGUAUGGUAUUCGCCUCACGAACGAAGUCGCAUCCGUCACGCAGGCCGGAGUCCUCUUUGCCGACUCGGCAGGCAUGCGCGCCGUCAACCACGGCGAGAACAUCAAGGAGGGCAUCAAGGCGUUCCAGGAGAAGCGUGCGCCGGUGUGGCGGCCGUCCAAGUUGUAG